UUAGCCUUGUAAAUUAUUUCACUAACAGUUGGUCCUGUUAUGUCCAGGUUCAUCAUGUCGUCCCAUUUGCAGUGGAUGGUCAUCAGGAACUGCUCCAGCUUCCUCAUCAAGAGGAACGGACAGACCUACAGCACUGAGCCCAACAACCUGAAGUCCAGGAACUCCUUCCGCUUCAAUGGUUUGGUGCACAAGAAGACUGUAGGUGUGCAGCCAGCGGCCGAUGGCAAGGGAGUUGUCGUCGUGCUGAAGAAGCGUAGAGGCCAACACAAACCUGCCAGCUCUUACGAGAAGAUCACCAUCAACAAGAACUCCCGUGCCACCCUCAACAGCCUGAGGCACAUCAUUAGCAAGAACAAGUACAGGAAGGACCUGCGCAUGGCUGCCCUGCGUCGUGCCAGUGCCAUUCUGAAGAGCCAGAAGCCUGUUGUGGUCAAAAAGAAGCGCACCAGGGCUGCCAAGACAGCAUAAAAUGAUACACAUGAUAAAUAAAUAAAAGCUUCUUGUUUGGAAAAAAAAUAACUAUAUUGUCUCUUGAUAACAUCAGUAUUUCUAAUAUGUAGGAUUUAGCAGAUAUGACAACAGUCAUUUGCUUUGGUAAUUAAUUAAGUUAUACCCAACAUUUGUCACUGUAUAAUUAUCAUGUAGUCACUAAUUAUUCUGAGAUAGGGUGAAUGCGUGAAACUUCCUGCUAAGAUCUGAUCAAUGAAGGAUUAAGUCCAGGUUAAAACAUGGAGAAGUUGCAGAAUUGGCACAUUUUUGUUGUCCAAUUGAGAAAAUUAUGCACACAAAGCAAGCUGAUGGAUUCCUUUUACUCACGUGUGGCAAUUUAGAUGUGCAGGUCUUGUGAGAACAGUUCAAAACCAGCAGCUGAGCAGACAGUAAAUGCCUGAAAACAAGUACAAACUCAUAUAAAUGCAAUAAAGCUGUUUGUGUAGUGUGUAAAUAUUGAUAAUUCUGUAGACUUGUUCUUGAGGCCUGUGCAUUAAACAUCCCACAACCUGA